AUGCGAAAUAAUUAUAUGUAUUCAAAUAAUGACUACAGUCAGAAUCAUAUAAAAAAUCCUAAUGGACAAUGGACUGGUCCUGUUCCAAAUGUUGCAGGAUAUAUGAAUCCUGAAUUUGGGCAUCCAAUGAUUCCUGGACCUUUUAUGGAAGCUCCACCUAUGAUGGCUGAAGGUUAUCCUCCAAAUUCAAAGCUCAAUCAAUAUGUUAGUGGAGGAGGUACUUGGGAUGAUAAUAAUACUGGAAAAGUUGAUAAUGAUGAUGGAAGUACUCCUACAUUUACCUUCAAUAAAGGAGCUGCGAAUGUACCAAUGCAUCUUUCUGGAACUGAUGGUGGUUUUGAAAAUGAAUUUAAAAGAACAUCAGGGUGGCAUAAUAAAAAUAGAAAUGUUCAAAUGAGUAUUCCUCCACCUACUGAUAAUUGGAAUGUUGGAAAUUCAGCUUUAGAUCAUCAUGGUGUACAAAGUAAUUGGCCACCUAGACCAAUGAAUGUACCAAUGGGUGGUAGUCAUAUGAAUAAUGUUCCUAUUCAAGGAGGCUGGGAUAAUAUGAAAAGACAACAAAACACUGGAAAUUAUCGUGGAAAUAAAAACAAUUAUAUUGAUAAUAAUAUGAAACCAAAUAUACAUCAUGCUUACAUGCCACGUAAUGAUAUGAAUUAUCCAAGAAAUAAUAUGAAUAGUGGUUUUAAUAACGCUCCAAAUAUGUUAUGGAAUCAAAACAAUAAUUUAAAUAGCCAAUAUAUUAAUCCAAGAAUUCCAAUGGGACAUCAUCAUGAAAUACAAAUUCAACGCCAAAAUACUAAUCAAAAUAUGAAUCCACCACAUGUUAAUGUUGGCGUAAAUCAAUUACCAGUUCAAGGUGGUAAUAGAAAUAUUAAUAAUCAACAUGAAAAUAGAAAUAAACAUGAUUCUAGUUCUUCUAUGGUACUUGGAAAUACAUCUAAUCAUUCAAAUAUUCAAACACCAACUGAAACUCCAAGUAAUGUUUUUAGUAAUACUGAAGAUUCAUACUGGAGAGAUCCCAAUGGUGAAAUGAAAAAAUGGCAAAGAGAUACUGGAACAGCUGCAUGGGGCGAUCCUGAAGAUAAUAAUAAUUCUACAAUUAAAAGAUGGAUGAUUCCAUCUAUUCCUGAUUUAUUAGAAGGUGAUCAUAUGCUUUCUGGAAUGGAAAAAGAAAAUGGAGUAAAAAUUGUUGUUGCUCGUGGAUGGGGUGAUGAAAAUCAAUCUGGUAUGAAUUCUCCACAAAUUAAAAGUAACACAUCUGUUGCUUCACCAUUAUACAAUAAAAAUGACAAUCGUUGGUCACCAGACUCCAGUAAAGGUAAUCGUCAUGGAUUAUAUGGUUCUGGAGAUGGGUCCGACUGGGAAGCAGAUAAAAAUGCUCAUCCAUUUUCUGGAUUGACUAAAGGAGGAAAUGAUAUAGUUUCAAGAGAUGAUCAUAUUCAAAAUACCCAACCAUCACCUGAAUUAAUAAAACAAGGAGAUCCACAAUAUACUAAACAAUUAAAUACUCUUCUUGGAUAUGUUCAACAAGCUCAUUUUCUUGAAAAUCAGCUAGACAACUUCCGCCGGGCUAAUGAAAAUUCAUUUGCGGCAAAUGAUAAUCCAGAGAUUCAGAAUGAGGCAAAGAAAAAUCAUAAUGCUUUAAUUGUUGAAGUUGCUAGAGUUAAAAAUGAAAUUGUUUCACUUCGUGAUAGUCUUAAAAAUAGACAUUCUGGUAUGCCUUCUCCAAGCAAUUGUGAACUUCCUCCAGGUUCUCUUUUACAUUCUAUAAAAUCUGAAUACAACUUCCCACCUUCUAAUGAUGAUUUUCUUCAUGAUAGUUUAUCAACAACCAAUGCUACAUUUGGAAUGGACUCAGCAUCCGCUGCAGUUAAUAGAGCACUAGCUAAUUUAGAUAUGUCCGGAAAUGACAAUCAAACUGUCAGUCUUUUAAAUUCUGGUGUCUGGAAUCUUGGUUAA